CUAAACAACCUCAUGUCAAAUGACAAAUAUUGACAGAAAUGCGGGUAGUUUAUCUACCGCUCUUUGAUAUCUCCGCCCUCCAAAAACCUUAAAAUUUAACAGACUUCUCUAAAACCUCUACUACUCCUCCAAUUCCCAAACACCUCUCUCUCUAUUUCACGCAAUUCUUUUUCUCUCUCUUCAAUUGUAACAAUGCAGUCCUCACUUUCUCUCUCUUUCUCAUCAUCUUCUUCAAUUUCCCCCAAAUCAAAUCACACUCUCGAUUUCUCCGCAUUCGUAGCUAAACCUCUCAAUCUCAAUCUCCGCUUUUGUGGACUUCGAAGAGAAGCACUGAGUUUCUCAGUGAGUUCUCGCCGAGUUCAGCUCCCGAGUCGCCGAGUUCCGAGUUUUAUCUCUGCUGCUUUAUCCACCAAUGGUAGCUCUCCUAAGACCUUCGAUUAUGAUCUCGUCAUCAUUGGAGCUGGCGUUGGCGGUCAUGGCGCUGCUCUUCAUGCUGUCGAGAAGGGUCUUAAAACUGCGAUUAUUGAAGGAGAUGUGAUGGGAGGAACUUGUGUGAACAGAGGUUGUGUCCCUUCUAAAGCAUUGCUGGCUGUGAGUGGGAGAAUGCGCGAGCUUCAAAAUGAACAACACUUAAAGUCCUUCGGAAUACAGGUUGGAGCUGCUAAUUAUGAUAGACAGGGAGUGGCUGACCAUGCAAGCAACCUUGCUUCCAAAAUCCGUGGUAAUCUGACUAACUCACUUAAGGCACUUGGUGUGGACAUAUUGACAGGCUUCGGUACAAUCCUGGGUCCGCAUAAGGUGAAAUAUGGAAAAGAUAACAUUGUAACUGCAAAGGAUAUAAUUAUUGCAACUGGUUCAGUUCCUUUUGUUCCUAAAGGCAUUGAAAUUGAUGGAAAGACUGUUAUCACCAGUGAUCAUGCACUAAAAUUGGAGUCUGUGCCUGACUGGAUAGCAAUUGUGGGGAGUGGCUACAUUGGUCUCGAGUUCAGUGAUGUCUAUACAGCCCUUGGUAGUGAGGUUACCUUCAUAGAAGCUCUGGAUCAAAUUAUGCCUGGGUUUGACCCAGAGAUUUCAAAAUUGGCCCAACGAGUAUUAAUUAAUCCCAGAAAAAUUGAUUACCACACUGGAGUUUUUGCGACAAAGAUCACACCAGCAAGGGAUGGCAAACCAGUCACCAUAGAGCUUACUGAUGCCAAGACCAAGGAACACAAGGAUACUUUGGAGGUUGAUGCGGCACUGAUUGCAACUGGAAGAGCACCAUACACCCAGGGUCUUGGUUUAGAAAAUAUCAAUGUUGUUACUCAACGAGGCUUCAUUUCUGUUGAUGAACGCAUGCGAGUUAUAGAUGCAAAUGGCAAGCUAGUGCCUAACUUGUAUUGCAUUGGUGAUGCAAAUGGUAAAAUGAUGUUGGCUCAUGCAGCUAGUGCUCAAGGAAUCUCAGUUGUUGAACAAGUCACUGGAACUGAUCACGUUCUCAAUCACUUAAGUAUUCCGGCUGCAUGUUUCACUCAUCCGGAGAUUAGCAUGGUUGGAUUAACGGAGCCUCAAGCCAGGGAGAAAGCUGAAAAAGAGGGAUAUAAAAUAAGCGUAGCUAAGACAAGUUUCAAGGCCAACUCAAAGGCACUGGCAGAAAAUGAAGGAGAGGGACUUGCUAAGUUGAUAUACAGACCUGAUAACGGGGAAAUCCUUGGAGUUCAUAUAUUUGGUUUGCAUGCAGCAGAUCUCAUUCAUGAAGCAUCCAAUGCAAUCGCAUUGGGCACCCGUAUACAAGACUUGAAGCUUACAGUUCAUGCACACCCAACAUUGUCUGAAGUAAUAGAUGAGCUAUAUAAAUCAGCUAAGGUUAAUGCUCAUGUUUCUAGUCCAGUUAAAGAGCCUGUUGCAGUCUAAGCUGGCAGAGUACCCGCAGCAAUAUGGCAGUGGAAACCCCCCGCGACUACAUCUCCUAUGAAUGCCAGUUUCUCUGUCUGGUUGUAUUGGGUUUUCCAGUUAGCUCAAUCUCUUACCAGAUAUCUUGCACUCAAUCUUACUGUUUUGAGCUCCUUAGGAUAUUUCUUAGAUACUCAUACUUCAGGAUCUAGAUUUUUGUGUUGUAAGUGUUCAUCGGAAGCAUGGAAAAUUGAUCCGUCACUAAUUUAUGAAGUAUUGACAAAAGUCACAAUAGAA